UAAUCGUGCUAUUUUACUGUAGUUGCGCUCGUGGAAUGAAAGAGACAAGAAUUUACACAAACAAAAUGCAUUUGUUUUCCUCGUUUGCUUUAUGCGUUGAUUUUGUUCACUUCUGUACAAGAUCUAAUCUCUGGAAGAGUCUUUUGUGUGAACAUUUGUUAAAAAAAUCAAUUGAAAGCAGUGGUCCAAAUUUUAGCGGAUCAAACUGUUUUAAUAAAGCAGCUGGUAAGGGGGAAUUGAAUCCCAUUCGGGGACAGUUCCCAAUAAAAACGGAGGAAGAGCUUAUAGAACUGGAAGAAAAAAUAAAAUUAAAUAGGGACAUUUAUAUAACAGCAAUGAAAUCAAUUCUCCAGCCAGCUGGCGCUUUGAGCGGCUUGAACUUUAUUUUGAGUGAGGACAUUGUUUUGGCAUAUAACGUCGAUGGGGUCCAAGGGAAGAAGGCCCUUAGGACCCACAAAGAAUUUUUUGCAGCUUUGCUAGAAUGUAUUUCGCCUGGCGAUGAGCCCCCGAAAACAUGUGCGGAAGGCAAUGCAAAGGAUGAAGAAAAGGGUUUUUAAGAAGAAGUGUCUUGCCAAAAACCAGGAGUAGGCUAAGCAUCAUAUAAUUAAAAAUUAUUCGUUAUAUUGAAA